GCUCCUAUCCCCGCUCAGCCAGCCACUGCACUCUCUGCCCUGUCGCUGGGAGCGGAACAGCGAACAGAAUCCAGCAUCCAUAGGGCCCUCUAUUAUGACCUGAUCAGCAAUCCAGACAUUCACAGCACCUAUAAGGAGCUCCUAGCCGCUGUCACGACCCCUCAAAAAAACCUCAAGAGUGCUUCCCGGAUCGUCUUUGAGAGAAAGCUGCGAGUAAAAUCCAGUUUUGUGGCACCACUGGAGAAGGCCUAUGGCACCAGGCCCCGAAUCCUGACAGGCAACUCUCGCUUGGACCUGCAGGAGAUCAAUAACUGGGUACAAGCCCAGAUGAGGGGGAAGAUUGCGAGGUCCACACGUGAGAUGCCCAGUGGAAUCAGUAUUCUCCUUCUUGGGGUGGCCUACUUUAAGGGGCAGUGGGCAACUAAGUUUGACUCCAAAAAGACUUCCCUGGCGGACUUUCACUUGGACGAGGAGAGGACAGUACAAGUCCUCAUGAUGUCGAAUCCCAAAGCUGUCAUACGCUACGGCCUGGAUUCUGAUCUCAACUGCAAGAUUGCCCAACUGCCUUUGAGUGGAAGCAUGAGUAUCAUCUUCUUCUUGCCUUUGAGAGUGACCCAGAACUUGACCUUGAUAGAAGAAAGUCUCACUUCUGAGUUCAUUCAUGACAUUGACCGAGAACUAAAGACUGUUCAAGCAGUUCUGUCCAUCCCCAAACUGAAGCUGAAUUAUGAAGGCGAAGUCACCAAGGCCCUGCAGGAGAUAAAGCUACAGUCCUUGUUUGAGACACCAGACUUUAGCAAGAUCACAGGCAAACCUAUCAAGCUGACUCAAAUGGAGCAUCGUGCUGGCUUUGAGUGGAAUGAGGAUGGUGCAGGCACCACACCCAGCCCAGGGCUCCAGCCUGCCCACCUCACCUUCUCCCUGGACUAUCACCUUAACCAACCCUUCAUCUUUGUACUGAGGGACACAGACACAGGGGCCCUACUCUUCAUAGGCAAAAUUCUGGAUCCUAGAGGCACUUAAUGUUCUGAUUGAAUGUUUAUUAUUCUAGAAUACUCUGGAGACAGGGCAGAUUAUAUAUUACUGGAAGGCUGCCAAUGUUUCAGUAUACUUCGCAAUAAAAAUACUUUUUAAUCCUAAAAAAAA